AGACUUCUGUCAAUUUCCCUGAAGUAGAAUUGAAAAUAUUUACACCUUGAAAAUAAAUAAGAAAUUAAUGAGUUGAAAAUGUAUUUAAAUAACGUAAUUUCUUCUGUCCUCUUGUUAAUAGCUACAAGUUUCUCAAUUACAUCAUGUGCUGAGAUACCAGAACAGUUCCUGAAAUCAAACCAUUCCAAUAACUGGGCAGUGUUAGUAGAUACAUCUCGGUUUUGGUUUAAUUAUCGGCAUGUGGCGAACGUGUUAUCGAUAUACCGGAGUGUCAAGAGGUUGGGUAUUCCAGACAGUCAGAUUAUCCUCAUGAUUUCUGACGAUAUGGCUUGUAAUCCUCGGAACCCGCGGCCGGCGACUAUAUUCAAUAAUGCUCAUGAACAAAUUAAUGUCUAUGGAGAUGAUGUGGAAGUGGAUUACAGAGGUUAUGAGGUGUCAGUUGAGAACUUUGUGCGUCUACUAACUGGUAGAGUUCCACCUGACACUCCUCGCUCCAAAAGGCUGUUGACAGACGAAGGCAGCAACAUAUUGAUCUACCUGACUGGCCAUGGAGGUGAUGGUUUCCUGAAGUUCCAGGACUCUGAAGAAAUCACCAGCCAAGAGUUAGCUGAUGCCCUGGAACAAAUGUGGCAGAAGAGAAGGUACAAUGAGAUAUUCUUCAUUAUAGACACAUGCCAAGCUUCAUCUAUGUACGAGAAGUUCUAUUCACCAAACAUAUUGGCCACUGCUUCAAGUUUAGUUGGUGAAGAUUCUCUCUCUCAUCACGUAGACUCAGCUAUUGGAGUUUAUAUCAUAGAUAGAUACACAUACUAUGUGCUGGAGUUCUUGGAGAAUGUCCACCCCAACAGCAAAAGGAGUAUGUCAGAAUUUUUGGCAGUAUGUCCGAAAAGCGCAUGCUUAUCAACUGUCGGUGUGCGUCGAGAUCUGUUCAAACGGAACCCUGACAAGGUGCCCAUAACGGAUUUCUUUGGGUCUGUCCGCCCUGUCAUUAUAACGACAGACCCUAUUAAUAUACUGGAUGCGCCAAAAAGAAAGAAGAAGCCAGAGAACAAAACCAAAGUGCCAGAGAAGAGGGAGUACCUACCUCAGUUCCCGAUGCAUCUAGUCCAGAACACAAGAACUGGCUAGCCUCAGUCAGUAUUGUUGUCAUACUUAUUAUAUUAAUAAAUAAUUUAAUAAUGA